UGGUGUACAAGACAUAGGGAAUUGGAAGAUUUGUAAUGGAUACUGUUUGUGUUGUUUUAUUUUUACAGGUUGUGCCAAUACGAAGGCCUGACUCUCCAACGGGUCACCUGUACAGCAAGAGCAAGAGGAAGUUGCGCGCGCAUCGAGGCAGCCUCUCUUUUGUCUCAACAUUGCAACCCGCGGGGGCACAGCCGACGUCAUCUUUAAUCAGAAAAAUAUGCGGGUUCUUCGGAGCAGCAAGCCACACUCCUUCAAUUCCUCAAACUCCCGCGAAUCAAGUGUCAACAAACAGCGUCCGUUCAAAAUGCCGCUUCCUGACCUGAAAAAUAUGCGGGUUCUUCGGAGCAGCAAGCCACGCUGCUUCAGUUCCUCAAACUCCCUCAAAUCAAGUGUCAACAAACAGCGUCCGUUCAAAAUGACGCUUCCAGACCUGAAAAAUAUGAGGGUUCUUCGGAGCAGCAAGCCCCUCCUAUCGCCACGCUCCUUCAAUUCUUCAAACUCACGCAAAUCAAGUGUCAACAAACAGCGUCCAUUCAAAAUGCAGCUGCCCGACCUGAAAAAUAUGCGGGUUCUUCGGAGCAGCAAGCCACGCUGCUUCAAUUCCUCAAACUCCCGUGAAUCAAGUGUCAACAAACAGCGUCCGUUCAAAAUGCCGCUUCCCGACCUGUUUCAGACAGAGGCACUACACCGUGAUAUCCUCAACAGGAAUAAAACAGCAUUCAACCAGGUUAUUGAGCGGUACAUUUCCCUGGCACACGGACUUCCUCCUCCACUAGAUGAAUGUCCCUACCAGUCUCCACACAACAGCAAAAACAAACCAAGUUCAACUCCCUUAUACCCCCAGAAGAACCUUUCCAGGACAGGUGCAACCAUAAAAACCAGCACUGUCUCCCCAGCGAUCUCAUUGAGGCAAGAUUCAUGUUGUGAUGAGGAUGAUCUUGUUAGAGAAGUAGAGGAAUCACUGCAGAGGAGGAAACAACAGCUUGGGUUAAGUGAUGACUUUAUAUGUGAGGAGAUAGAGGAUAAUGAGGUUGAUGAGGAUGACCCCACUUGGGAUGGCUCUCAUUACCAUGCCAGGGUGAAUUUACCCAGCAGAUUGCAUGAAAAGAGAAAACUUUCUGAUAAUCUUAUUACAAACACAGUGGGGUCAUCUGAUGAAAACAAGUCUCGAAAGAAAGCAAAAGCACCUGUGGAUGAAGUAAGCCUUUCCCAAAACAAAACUGCUGAUUUGAGGCAGCUUUCUGUGCAGGACAGGCUUUCAGAUGUGAGCAACUUACCAAGAAGAAGAGGUAGACCUUCCAAAAGAAAGUCAGUGCUGGAGGUGAAUGAUGAGGGUAAUAUAUCAAAGAAAAGAUGUAGAUCGCCCAAACAAAAGUCAGUGCAGAAGGUGAGCGAUGAGGGUGAUACAUCAAGGAAGAGAGGUAGACAGCCCAAAGCAAAAAUGGCGGCAGAGAGUCAAGAAAAUCUGAAUCAGAACAACCCAAGGAAUGAACCCAAACGGAGAGGCAGGCCACCCAAGAAGAAUAAAACAUUGAGUGUGAACCCCACCAAGGACAAAACUUCAAACACAAGGUCAGGUGAUGAAAACAAAGAACCGAAACGGAGAGGCAGGCCAUCCAAGAAGAAUAAAACAUUGAGUCUUAACCCCACCAAGGACAAAACUUCAAACAAAAGGUCAGGUGAUGAAAACAAAGAACCCAAACGAAGAGGCAGGCCAUCCAAGAAGAAUAAAACAUUGAGUCUUAACCCCACCAAGGACAAAACUUCAAACACAAGGUCAGGUGAUGAAAACAAAGAACCGAAACGAAGAGGCAGGCCAUCCAAGAAGAAUAAAACAUUGAGUCUUAACCCCACCAAGGACAAAACUUCAAACACAAGGUCAGGUGAUGAAAACAAAGAACCGAAACGGAGAGGCAGGCCAUCCAAGAAGAAUAAAACAUUGAGUCUUAACCCCACCAAGGACAAAACUUCAAACACAAGGUCAGGUGAUGAAAACAAUGUGCCACAAAAGAGAGGCAGACCAUUCAAACAAAAAGCAACAGGGACUCUUAAGAUCCACACUCAGGACUGUAGUGUAGUGCUGAGAAGGCUUGGUGGGGGCAGUGAGGGCAUCCUGUCUGUAAAUAAAACAAAUGAAACCAGGACACUGUGCAGUAUUAGAGGUGCAGAAGAGGAGCAAAGACCUCAAGAGAGCAGUGAUGAUAUUGUGAAGUUGGUGCAGGAGGCAGUGGGAGGGACUGCUGGUAUUCUGCAUAGGGUUGAAUAUGGGAAGCAUAUAAUCUGCCUCCUUGACACCAUGGACACGAUGCUUAUCAUGGUAAAUCAAAACGUGCCCAGUGAAACUAGUACUGGCAAGGAAACAGAAGCAACUACAGGAAAGACUUCCAAAAAAGAGAAGAAAAAAGCCCAAGAAAGAGAACAGAGUACAAGAACUCAUACUGGCAGCAACAUGGAAGCAAACACACAAGUAGAACAAACUGUCAACAAAAUUACUAACAUAGAGAAAAGAAAAAAGGUAGACCAAACAGCUAAAAAAACUAACAACAAAGAAAAAGAGAAAAAAGCCAUAGAAAAACAGCAGACAGUGGAUAAGAAAGCAAGGAGUAGCACAAGAACUGAAUCCUCACUCCAUCAUAAGGCGAUGCAACAGUCUGAGUCAACUGUUGAACAUCCUACAGUGAAAAAGAUGGGACAGAAUAACAGCCGAAAAAGGGAGCACAUCUCAAAUGCAGUCAAGUCACCGAAGAGACAAAGGAAUGAGUCAAGCGUGCCCGCCAAGGCUUCUGUUGCAACACACCUGGCCAUAGAUGCCAUGUUGUCACCUGGGCAGAAUAGCAGCAUUGUUCCCAGCAGUGAAGGCAAUGUGCUGAAGAGAUUACAUGUUGAUCCAGAUGCAGGAACAGAUAAAGUUACAGGUCAGUUUAUGCAGCAUGAACCUCCGAACACCGGUGAAUCACCAAAUCAGCCAAAAAAAGCACGUGACCUAGAAGUCUCUGACAGAAGUCUUUCUUCCGAUGGGUCAGAGUCAGAGUCACAGGAUGAAGAUGGAUGGCUUACUGAUAGUGAUGAAGAUGACAUGAUUUCAGAAUUUAGUACAACCCAGAAAAAGAAGAGCUCCCUCCAUCGGACACAAGAAAGGCUGAAAAGAAGGAAUUACAGUCCAAAGCACAGAGAGUCAGUGAGCAAAGCUAUAUUCGAUAGUGACGAUGACAUCCUUAUUAUGGAACCGCCCAAGCCUGUGCCCAUAUCAGAAAACAAGAAAGACAACACAAAUUCUGAAAACAGCCAGAGCACAAAGGGGGUGCAGGGCAGACCCAUCAUGGCAUCACCAUAUGUUUCCCUGAAGACCCAAAGACCCAUUAGGAGAGCUGCAGGUGGACACCAGCAAAGCCUGACCACUUGCAGUUCCUACAUCCAAGGCCUCAUCAGUAACUCCAUCAUGAAGAAUGUUCCAGAGAUGAUGACUUCGGCCUCAACCAGGAUACCAGUGGACGGUCAAACGGAGGAGGAACCUGACCCUGAGGACAUGUGGGAUCUCCUGUCAGCCCUCCCCCAGCGGUCCUCCAGCUCCCUUGCCGCAAGGGCUGCCAAGACCAGCCUGCAAGAAUCUGGCAUAACGGAGACUGCAGCCACUGCUCCAGAGAGGCCAACAACUGUCACCAGCACCAACAUUAGUGGUGCAGUCAUCACAUCAAAGGCCUCCAAGGUAAAGAGGAGCUUCUGGAUAGAAAGUGAAGAAGAGGAAGAGGGAGAGGAUAAAGACACAGAAGACACAGAGUCACUCUUCAUGCCCACACUCCCCUUGGCCUCACAGCUGAUCCAAGAGAGCACCGUGCUUCCCAGCUACAGCUCCCUUGGCCCCGAGCAUUGGAUGUCAGUAGCUAGAGCUAUGCAGAAGCGAAAAAAGUUUCAGACAGAGGCACUACACCGUGAUAUCCUCAACAGGAAUAAAACAGCAUUCAACCAGGUUAUUGAGCGGUACAUUUCCCUGGCACACGGACUUCCUCCUCCAAUAGAUGAAUGUCCCUACCAGUCUCCACACAACAGCAAAAACAAACCAAGUUCAACUCCCUUAUACCCCCAGAAGAACCUUUCCAGGACAGGUGCAACCAUAAAAACCAGCACUGUCUCCCCAGCGAUCUCAUUGAGGCAAGAUUCAUGUUGUGAUGAGGAUGAUCUUGUUAGAGAAGUAGAGGAAUCACUGCAGAGGAGGAAACAACAGCUUGGGUUAAGUGAUGACUUUAUAUGUGAGGAGAUAGAGGAUAAUGAGGUUGAUGAGGAUGACCCCACUUGGGAUGGCUCUCAUUACCAUGCCAGGGUGAAUUUACCCAGCAGAUUGCAUAAAAAGAGAAAGCUUUCUGAUAAUCUUAUUACAAACACAGUGGGGUUAUCUGACGAAAACAAGUCUCGAAAGAAAGCAAAAGCACCUGUGGAUGAAGUAAGCCUUUCCCAAAACAAAACUGCUGAUUUGAGGCAGCUUUCUGUGCAGGACAGGCUUUCAGAUGUGAGCAACUUACCAAGAAGAAGAGGUAGACCUUCCAAAAGAAAGUCAGUGCUGGAGGUGAAUGAUGAGGGUAAUAUAUCAAAGAAAAGAUGUAGAUCGCCCAAACAAAAGUCAGUGCAGAAGGUGAGCGAUGAGGGUGAUACAUCAAGGAAGAGAGGUAGACAGCCCAAAGCAAAAGUGACGGCAGAGAGUCAAGAAAAUCUGAAUCAGAACAACCCAAGGAAUGAACCCAAACGGAGAGGCAGGCCAUCCAAGAAGAAUAAAACAUUGAGUCUUAACCCCACCAAGGACAAAACUUCAAACACAAGGUCAGGUGAUGAAAACAAAGAACCGAAACGAAGAGGCAGACCAUCCAAGAAGAAUACAACAUUGAGUCUUAACCCCACCAAGGACAAAACUUCAAACAUAAGGUCAGGUGAUGAAAACAAAGAACCGAAACGGAGAGGCAGGCCAUCCAAGAAGAAUAAAACAUUGAGUCUUAACCCCACCAAGGACAAAACUUCAAACAAAAGGUCAGGUGAUGAAAACAAAGAACCGAAACGGAGAGGCAGGCCAUCCAAGAAGAAUAAAACAUUGAGUCUUAACCCCACCAAGGACAAAACUUCAAACAAAAGGUCAGGUGAUGAAAACAAAGAACCCAAACGGAGAGGCAGACCAUCCAAGAAGAAUAAAACAUUGAGUCUUAACCCCACCAAGGACAAAACUUCAAACACAAGGUCAGGUGAUGAAAACAAUGUGCCACAAAAGAGAGGCAGACCAUUCAAACAAAAAGCAACAGGGACUCUUAAGAUCCACACUCAGGACUGUAGUGUAGUGCUGAGAAGGCUUGGUGGGGGCAGUGAGGGCAUCCUGUCUGUAAAUAAAACAAAUGAAACCAGGACAGUGUGCAGUAUUAGAGGUGCAGAAGAGGAGCAAAGACCUCAAGAGAGCAGUGAUGAUAUUGUGAAGUUGGUGCAGGAGGCAGUGGGAGGGACUGCUGGUAUUCUGCAUAGGGUUGAAUAUGGGAAGCAUAUAAUCUGCCUCCUUGACACCAUGGACACGAUGCUUAUCACGGUAAAUCAAAACGUGCCCAGUGAAACUAGUACUGGCAAGGAAACAGAAGCAACUACAGGAAAGACUUCCAAAAAAGAGAAGAAAAAAGCCCAAGAAAGAGAACAGAGUACAAGAACUCAUACUGGCAGCAACAUGGAAGCAAACACACAAGUAGAACAAACUGUCAACAAAAUUACUAACAUAGAGAAAAGAAAAAAGGUAGACCAAACAGCUAAAAAAACUAACAACAAAGAAAAAGAGAAAAAAGCCAUAGAAAAACAGCAGACAGUGGAUAAGAAAGCAAGGAGUAGCACAAGAACUGAAACCUCACUCCAUCAUAAGGCGAUGCAACAGUCUGAGUCAACUGUUGAACAUCCUACAGUGAAAAAGAUGGGACAGAAUAACAGCCGAAAAAGGGAGCACAUCUCAAACGCAGUCAAGUCACCGAAGAGACAAAGGAAUGAGUCAAGCGUGCCCGCCAAGGCUUCUGUUGCAACACACCUGGCCAUAGAUGCCAUGUUGUCACCUGGGCAGAAUAGCAGCAUUGUUCCCAGCAGUGAAGGCAAUGUGCUGAAGAGAUUACAUGUUGAUCCAGAUGCAGGAACAGAUAAAGUUACAGGUCAGUUUAUGCAGCAUGAACCUCCGAACACCGGUGAAUCACCAAAUCAGCCAAAAAAAGCACGUGACCUAGAAGUCUCUGACAGAAGUCUUUCUUCCGAUGGGUCAGAGUCAGAGUCACAGGAUGAAGAUGGAUGGCUUACUGAUAGUGAUGAAGAUGACAUGAUUUCAGAAUUUAGUACAACCCAGAAAAAGAAGAGCUCCCUCCAUCGGACACAAGAAAGGCUGAAAAGAAGGAAUUACAGUCCAAAGCACAGAGAGUCAGUGAGCAAAGCUAUAUUCGAUAGUGACGAUGACAUCCUUAUUAUGGAACCGCCCAAGCCUGUGCCCAUAUCAGAAAACAAGAAAGACAACACAAAUUCUGAAAACAGCCAGAGCACAAAGGGGGUGCAGGGCAGACCCAUCAUGGCAUCACCAUAUGUUUCCCUGAAGACCCAAAGACCCAUUAGGAGAGCUGCAGGUGGACACCAGCAAAGCCUGACCACUUGCAGUUCCUACAUCCAAGGCCUCAUCAGUAACUCCAUCAUGAAGAAUGUUCCAGAGAUGAUGACUUCGGCCUCAACCAGGAUACCAGUGGACGGUCAAACGGAGGAGGAACCUGACCCUGAGGACAUGUGGGAUCUCCUGCCAGCCCUCCCCCAGCGGUCCUCCAGCUCCCUUGCCGCAAGGGCUGCCAAGACCAGCCUGCAAGAAUCUUGCAUAACGGAGACUGCAGCCACUGCUCCAGAGAGGCCAACAACUGUCACCAGCACCAACAUUAGUGGUGCAGUCAUCACAUCAAAGGCCUCCAAGGUAAAGAGGAGCUUCUGGAUAGAAAGUGAAGAAGAGGAAGAGGAAGAGGAUAAAGACACAGAAGACACAGAGUCACUCUUCAUGCCCACACUCCCCGUGGCCUCACAGCUGAUCCAAGAGAGCACCGUGCUUCCCAACUACAGCUCCCUUGGCCCCGAGCACUGGAUGUCAGUAGCUAGAGCUAUGCAGAAGCGAAAAAAGAACUCCUUCCUGAGACUUACAUUCCUGUAAAAAUGCUGCAUAAGUCUUACGGUAAUCUAAUAUUUAAUAUUAUGUUGUGUGUUGAUUAAUAUCAAUCAGAGGAUUUAAUUUUCAUAAUGUCUAUUUUUUUCACAUAUAGUAUGUAUCGCCUGCCUCCA